CAGAUAACCCAAGCGGAGACUUCUUGAUCAAGCAGCACUAUUUGAUCAAAUUAAGCAACUGGGUAGCCAACAAUCUAGAACGCUGGCAGAGUUCGUCCAGAAGUGCCACACCUUAGAAAGUUGGUAGCAUUGCUUUAUAAACUUUAUUAGCCAAUGAGAAACAGACAACAGAACCAUUGCAUCAUAAGAAAGACAUCAAUCAUUCCUGUAUAUUCCCUUAUUCCCUCCUUCAGUAUAUCCCAUUUAUGUACAUGUUUCCCACACUUGCAUAAAAUUUCUCUGGUGCAAAAGCUGAUUACAAAAAAGCAAGAAAGCAACAGUUAGACUAAACAAUUUCCCUUUGUUCCAGAACCUUUCAAUACUAAAGUAGGGUGGCCAGUUUAAUGCUUACUUAUCAUUAAAUAGCCAAACGAGCUCUAUUCCUUUUCGUUUUACAUUUGAAGCAAAAUUCCCAGAACUGCAUCUUACUAUCCCAGAUUAGGAAGAUGCAAUUCUGUGAAUUUCUGCUUUAAAUGCAAAUGAAGGAAUAGAGCUUGUUUGGCUGUGUAGCAACAACAGUAAUAGGCCAGACCAACUGAAAAAUCAAGUUAAAUCAUAAAUGGUAUGGUUCGGGCUGAGCAUGUUGCUUGAUUCUCAUCCAUCGGAGUUUAUGAACUAAAUGUGGCUUUUUCAACAACCAUAACUAAAAGAAAUCAUGUAUUCACAUGACUCACGUGUGAAUCCAGCCUCUAUUACAGAUCUGCUUCCCUUUCAACUCUGAACCACCUUUUCGCCUUAAUAAUCGGGCCUGGGGGAGACUGCGCGUGCCCGCGUCCCCUCCACUGGUUGCUUUCGCGGCUUCUGGCGCGAAGCGCCUCUUCCCUGAGUCGGCUUGUUCUGCGUGCAAACGACAACCGUCCGCUCAUCGGAGUUGAGCUGCAUCUACUCGGAGCCGUCAUUCCUCGUGGAACCGAGGAGGUAAAAUUUGCUCCGGACCGUGUGACCAAUGGGAGGGCCGUAGCCAGCCGGGUUACCUCUAUCCCUUCUUUCCUCCCGUCCGUUUUUCUCCUCCGCGCAGAAGAACCACAAAGAGCCUGAGGCUAGAAAUGGCAGCUUUCCGCUCCAAGCCCCUAGCCUAGACGGCCACUUCGUCAAGCAGGUCACAUUCAACUGUUCUAACCAUCACUUGAAAAAAAGGAUGGAAAAAGUCACAGAAUUUUCAUCAGAUGGCAACUCUUUGAUUAAAGCUGUUUAUCACAGAAGACUUCGCCUUACAAGAUUAUUGUUAGAAGGUGGGGCCUACAUUAAUGAAAGCAAUGAUCAUGGUGAAACACCUUUAAUGGUUGCUUGUAAAACAAAACAUGUAGACCAUCAGAGUGCUAGCAAGUUCAAAAUGGUGAAAUAUCUUUUGGAAAAUAAUGCAGAUCCAAAUAUACAAGACAAAACUGGAAAGACAGCUUUGAUGCAUGCCUGCUUGCAGAAAGCUGGACCUGAAGUGGUUUCUUUGCUCAUUAAAAAUGGAGCUGAUUUAAGUUUACAAGACCAUUCAGGAAACACAGUUCUUCUAUAUUCAGUGAAUUCAGAGGAUAAGGAAACUCUAAAAAUUAUAUUAGAUGCUUGUAAAGCAAAGGGAAAAGAAGUUAUAAUCAUUACCAAAGACAGAUCUCCAUCUGGAAAGCAAAGAACUAGGCAGUUCUUAAAUGUGCCUCCUCCUGAUGUUGAUGAAUGUCAGUUUUCAAGUUCUUGUACUUCUCCAUCUGAAGUUGAAGUUAAAACAACUUUGUCCCCUCCUACAGAUUCAAAUGAUACAAACAAGUCUUUGUUUAAUUUCAAAGAACUGAGUCAUCCUGGAAGAAAAGAAGCUGCAUCUGAACAGCAUUCUCCUUCUAGAAAAACACAUACAGGUCCUCAAAUGCCAAACGCCAAAAUUUACUCUGAGCCUUGGGUGAAAACUUCCUCUUCACUCUUGAAUCAGAAUCAAAUAUCUAGUUUACAAGAAGAGCUUCAUGAUAUAACUCCAGAAGAAGAGUUAUGUUUUAAAAUCAAUAAUUUAGCCCUGUCUAAGAGGUAUAUCACUAGGCACCACAGCAUUGAUAUUAAGGAUACCCUUAAUUUCUUGAAAAGCUUUGAACAAACUGCCUCAAGAAAGAUGUCAUAUGAUGAAAUAAACUCUAAUUCACUUUUUGGUGAGACUGGUCGGAGUGAAAUUCCUUCAGACCAAAAUUUGGAUUUGACCGAUAUGAACUUUGUUUCCACCCUAAAAAGCAUUGUUCAAAGGAGAAACCUGGGUGCAAACCACUAUAGUUCUGAUUCACAGUUAACUAACUUAGGCCCUGUUACAGAAGACAGCAAGUUACUUCUAGGGAAGAAAAAGCUGCUUUCACCAUCUCCAUCACUAUCUUCAAGUUCUAAAGAAUUGAUUGAAAACAUGCCUCCCAGUUUCUUAAGCAGGAGAAGUCAUGCUAUUCUAGAGAGACGGGGUUCAGAUCACACUACCCUGGCUAGACCUAACUUUCUCCCCCCUUUAAAUGUGAACCUUCAUACCCCAGUCUCUGAUCUCUACAAGUUGAAUAACCUACCUUCCUGUGGACAAAAGUCCCUAAUUCCAACAGCCCCUACUUAUCCCAAAGACUUCAAGAACACAACUCUGUUGACAAGAAGACAGUCAUUACAAACAGAGCAGAUCAAGCAGCUGGUGAACUUUUAGCAAAUGAUAUACAAUAAUAUGUGUCUGCUUCCCUCAAUUUUUUUCUUGUAUGAAAAUUAGCUACUCAGGCAUUUCAGUUAACAAUUACAUCAGCCAUUCAUUUUUUCUAAAUUGAUAUUGAAUGAAGCUGCGAAAAAGAACCAAGUCUUAUUUGAUUGGAGAUAUAUACGUCUAUAUAUUCAAAAUUUUGUGGCUGACAAAGAGUUAGUGGGAGACUAGUAUAGCUAUUUCAGCUAAUCACACCCUUCAGGGAUUCGAACCUGGGCAGCUUGCAUGUUAGGCAGCUGUAUUACCCUUUUGAGCCACAGGUUCCCCCUUACUCCUGUCAGCAGAAACUAGGGAGAAUAUAUAUCUUAUCUGUUGGGUGAGGCACCCGGUCUACCAAAUAUAAAUCAGUCUGUUCUGCGUUUCGCUCCAAUGUAGGAGCAUGUUUUGCAGGCAGACCUCAUAUACUGUGAACACUAUAAAUUCAAAAUUUUGUGGCUGACAAAGAGUUAGUGGGAGACUAGUAUAGCUAUUUCAGGCUCAUUUGCCCUAAUCAGCUAGUCACCCUUCAGGGAUUCCAUAUAUAAAUGGAUCACACAUUAUUUAAACCUUAAUGUUUAUUUAGCUUUGGCUUAGCAUGUUGUGUGAACCCAGCUUAUGAACAGUAUCUUGUGAUUUAGCAGCUUAUUUGAAUUCAGUUGCAGUAAGCUACAAAAUACUGCUGCCCUCAUACAUUCCAUUAUAAACAUGAAAGAUUGGAUAUUCUUGCUUAGUAUAAGGAUUUUAAACUACACUUUGUUCAUUGAACACUUUUAACAUUAACAAAUGUUAAGCCAGUGUUUUUACAGUCUACUGCAUCCUUCUCCAGUGGGGCUUCCCAGAUAUGUUAGUCUGCUCAUGUGACUGCAUUUUGGGCACUCUGCAGCCGACCCACAUUUAUGGCCAUUUGCGGUGUCCUUUGCAAUUUAUGAUGUUUUUGCUGAAAACCAGUAUUUUCCCAUGAUGAACAAUGGGGUUGCCUUAACAGUUGCCACAGAAAGGCUAUAAAAUGGGUCUAGUCAUGGUGACCCACUUUAUGUCUCACAAGUUAUGGCCUUGAUGGGCAGGCUCCAUUGUUGUUGUUAAUUGAGGAUUACCUGUAUAAUAUAUUCAUGCAGUAGUAAAACAUUAGGGAAUGAAAGAAAAGGAGAUGUCUGUGCAGAUAGUAUUUUGUUAGGCUCCACAUGUGUCACUUACAAAUUUAGAGAUACUAAAAAAACAAAAUCACUUAUCUAAAAUUGUGUUUGUAAGCCCCUUCUCUAACAAAGGUAUUGAUCAAAAUGCAUUAAGAUUAAUCCAGACCCUUCACUAGGAUCAAUUUAGCCAUUAACUAUUGGGAAUAUUUAUAUAGUAUGAUUUUUUUCAGAUGGGUUAGGCUUCAAUUUCUGUAAUUAUCUAGCCAUAAGCCAGUCUGAAAAUUAUGGAAGUUGAAGUCCACCAGGAACCCUGGUGAUGUAGUGGUUAGAAUGCAGUAUUGCGGGUAAAUUGCCCAUAACCUGCAGUUCAGUCCUGACAAGGCUCAAGGUUGACCCAGCCUUUCAUCCUUCCAAGGUAAAAUGAAGACCCAGAGUGUUGGGGGCAAUAUGCUGACAUUGUAAACCACCUAAAGAGUACUGUAAAGCACCAUGGGGUGGUAUACAAGUCUAAGUGCUAUUGUUGUUGCUAUUGCUAGAUUGGAUAUUUGGAUCUGCAGUGUCUUUGCAUGGGAAUGAUAGCUUUCACGUACAAUUAGGCCUUGCUGAACGUGGCAGGUGCUCUUUUUGUUUCUGCUACAUGUUUUAAGCCCUUCAGGCAUCUGUUAUGAAAAAUAACUUUGUUAUUUAUUCUUGUUCUAUGGGAAUAAAAAGGAAAUAUUAACACUGUAAAUGUCAGAAUUAAACUUUGUACUGGAACAGUUCCUGUGAAGAAAUGUCAGACUUCUGUGCUUGGCACUAACAGGUGCUUUAAAAUUGUUUUGAAGCUUUUAGUUUCUCAAUUUCUAAAGUAAGAUCAGGAGUUAACAACAAUAAAAGUAUAUACAUAGAUUUAAACCUUGGAAUUGUUGAUGGUGUUUUGUUCUAUGUUUAAAGUUUUUGGUACAUUCAAUCUUAAAAUAGUAUUAAAAAAGACUGCAAUUUUAUGCAAUUUUUACAGUUUCUUCUGAGUAGCAAGAUCUUUAUUUGGUCUUUGUGCUUAUGGAGAUGGCUUUUUUAAUCAGAAAAGGGAUUUUAUUAUGGUAUCUCAUUGCUAUUACUAUUGUACCAUUACUAUUGUAAUUACAAUUAUAUUACAUUACUAUUACUAUGGUAUCUCAUUACUAUUACUAUUAUGGUAUCUCCCCAUUGUAUUUUCCUUAUACAACUCCCAUUACUUUUCAGAAAAAUAUCAUUAGCUGUACUAAUCGGGGGCAAACUAAGGAAUGACAGAGCCAGAUGAAGAAAUUUAUACCAAAAAUAGUUAAUUCUUAAAAUACCAAAAGAUUUAAUUGCUUUAAUAAUUCUUCCAGAACUGUCCACUGUUCAAUGUGCUGUGGAGUAAUUUCAGUAUGCAUCCAAUAAUUGGGAAAUUGUCUUAAUCAUUGUAAUUAGAAAAAACUAAAAUAUACAGCCUAAUAAGAAAUUACUUUUGCUAAUAAAUUGGCAUGUUGACCUGAUACAUGCACCUUGAGCUGCAUUAUUACAUUAUGGUUUAGUAUUUUGUAUAACCUCAGCUCUUUCAGGUCCAACUCCAUUAUAUAUAACCUGCUCUAGAGGAUAAAGUUAUGUAAAAGGGGUCAAUCAUUCUGUCUUAACAAUAUGAAAAAAAUUAUAUGUAAUACGUUGGUAAAUCACUGGAACAGCUUUUUCAGAUUUGUAUAACAAGAUUAUGCAUUAUCAAAUCAUUAUAGAAUUAUUACAGUUUCCAUUAUGUAUCCUCUGACACACCCACAGCCAAUGGUAAUGUGAAACAAAUAACGUAUGUUCUGAAAUGAUUAAAUUUUUUUGUUUCCAACCUCAAUACAACUCUGUUGGGGAGUUACAAGAUAACAUGAAAAGGAUUUAUGGAAAAUAUUGAAAUAAAUGUAGUCAAACUUCAGUAAAAGCCUCUGUGAUUAAAAAAAAUGGAUAAUGGAGAAAAUGAAAGAAGGCUAAUAUCCAUUAAGAUAAAUUAUAUUUGAAAGGGCAGCUACUGUAUUUACUCUCUGCAAAUACUAAAAAAGAUUGUCUUUCUGUAUUGAAUGAUAGGGAAUAAAUAUUUUUCAAUGAUACAGCACUUUCAAACCACUAUUUUAAAAUGGAACCAAAUCAAAAAUCUCCAUUUAUUAUAGUUUCACUAAAGUAUUAGUUAUAAAUUGAUAAAAGAUAUGAGUGUGCCUUCACUACCAAAAUUUGCUAUAAUGUUUCAUUUUACUCUGUUAAAUUUUAAUUAUAAUUGAUAACCAUUUUACUGCUAGCUUUACUUUUUCCUUUAGAUUAUUAAGGUCAACUGUAAAAUCAGUUUCAGUCAUAUAUCAUUCCAUCUACUUAAAUGAAAAAAGUAAGAAGUACAUGAAAUAAAAUUUCAUUUAUUUUCAAUACGUUUGGGGAAAAUAUGUAUUUGUGUUAAAGACUUGAGUUUGCUUGGGCAAAAACCAGUGUGCCCUUAAAGAUGCUCCCAGAAUAUGUUAAACAUACUAGCCAACCACAAUUUAUCUUAGCAUAUUAUACCAGUGGUUCAGUAUAACAUGGAAAUCCAGGACACUGAAAUAAUUUACUGAAUGAAGACUUGGAUAGAUACAGAAGGAAUGGAUAGACAAGUAUAUGUAAUAUUUGUACAACCUUGGAGAGAUCAUUUAUAAUUGUAGAUUAUAUCUCUGUGUGAACACUUUUCUCCUAGGAAAUUAAAUACAGAAAAGUCAAAAUGGGAUAUAAAAGUGAAAUCUCUUUCAAGUCAAGCUUGACAUUUGACAAGCCCAUUUUGUUUCCUUGGAAAAAUACAGGGGUGAUUUAUGCUGUCUUCUGGGAUUUUUUUUUUUUUACAUCAUUGAAAAAUUAAGCUCUGCUUCUAUUGUUUGUUUUAAAGCCAGUUGCUCAUUACCGUAGUUCUACUUUGCACAGGUAUGCUCUCCGGAAAAACUGGACAACAGAGGAGAAAGGUGUCUAUGAUCGUCUUCAAAAGACCUUAAAUUGGAAUAGAAUAACAGACUGGCAGAGAUGUCAAAACUGGCAAAGAUGUCAAAACUGUACAAUCUCUAUACAAACUAAAAUAAUUGAUUUAAGACUUCCCCAUCUGCCAGGCUCCUAUGAAAAUCUGCUAUAGAAUUGUUUUUUUCUAACAGUUGGAAAUUCCACAGAAGGAAUAGAUUCCAAUGACAAAUCAGCUUAAAAAGUUUGGGAACUAUUCGGAGGGGGGGGGGAAAGGCUUCAAAAGCAUUGAUGCUAACCCACCCCAUACCCACAUUAUACCAUAGUAAGAAUACACUAAGGAGUUUAAGCAUUAACUAUUUUAAAAAUGUAUGCUUCUCAACCCCUUGAUUUGUGUUUUUUAUAGCAAUAAUUGCAUUGUAAAAUCCAGUGAUAUAAAACUGAACAGCCUAGAUUGAAUUAUUUUGGAGACCAUUCUUAAACUAAUGAGGAGGCCCUUUUGCAUCAGGUUGCUCCAUAUUAAAGACUGCAGCACCACAGGAAUAGACUUAACUGUUCCUAUUAAAUGUAUCUGUGGAAGACCCAUGAAGGAUACUUCACUAACUACCUAAGCAGGAGAUGGACAGCAAUCAGUCCUGUGGUUAAAAGCCCCAACUCAAAUAAUGUGUCAUGGUUCCAACAGACACAUUAAAGAAUCUUUUAUUCGGGAAACAAAGUAUCAGCACUACAUAAAGCCAAAAACUGAAUUCCCCUCCCCUGAGCACA